UCAAAUGGUGUGCAAUUGUUUGCCAACAUGUUCCAUGAUCGAAUAUGAAGUAACAGAUACAUCACAUUUCGACGAUUGGAAUUACUUCAAAUUAACAAAUUUAGUAAAAAAUAAUUCUAGAGGUGCCACGAUUGAGUUUGUUUUCAAAAGACCUUAUUUUACGGCAUAUAUAUCCGCAUCGAUAUUAAACCUGGAAUCCCUAGUUAGUAACGUCGGAGGAUUAUUAAGUUUUUUAUUGGGAAUAAAUUUAAUUAAUAUUUUUGAAAUAAUAUUUGUUUUAAUUAAAAUGAUCAUUAAUUUCAUUACUCGUUUGUUUCUUAUGAAAUAA